UUUCGUCUGGGUUUUGUAUGGGUAGAUUGCUUGUUUGGGGUCUAUUUUUUUAAAGGAUUUUUGCAUUCUUUUUCGAAUAUUGGUUCUAUUUUUUACACUUGUUGAGUAAAUAUUGUCUCUCCUGUCACUCUGUGCAUCGAAUUGUGCCCCUACACCCGAAAUACGCGAGUUCUCAGUUCAACGACCUUGGACAUUGCAUUCGGUGAUCCACUCCACUGGCAUACUGCUGUUUUCUUUACUUUAAAGUGGAGAGCUUUCUCCGCUAGUGUUGUGCUUGCGCGCUGCCCAUCGAUGUUGUGAAGUGGUCUUCCUGCGGCGAGCACCGGUGUCCCAGAUGAUGGACAACGACAGAGGCCUUGGGCUGGACGGGGGCCUGAUGGCGCCCCAGUCGCCCCUGGACAUGAAGCCGGACCCAGCCCUCCUGGGCGUCGGCCCGCACAGUCCAAAUGGUUCACCUGAGCCCGGCAUGUUUUUCAGCUCCUUCAACUCCAUGGGAAGCGGAAUGAUGAACAACUCUGGAGGCUCAGGGCAAACCAAGAAUUCGGGGAGCACAUCCCCCUAUCCACCUAACCAUCCUCUAAGUGGGUCAAAACACCUUUGCUCUAUCUGUGGAGACCGAGCUAGUGGAAAGCAUUACGGAGUGUACAGUUGUGAAGGAUGUAAGGGGUUCUUCAAAAGGACUGUGCGCAAGGAUUUGUCUUACGCAUGCCGUGAGGAUCGGAAUUGCAUUAUUGACAAGCGCCAGAGAAAUAGAUGUCAAUAUUGCCGAUAUCAGAAAUGCCUCAGCAUGGGGAUGAAACGAGAGGCUGUUCAGGAGGAACGACAGCGCACAAGGGACCGGGAUCAAGGUGAAGUUGAAUCAACAAGUACAGUCCACACAGACAUGCGUAUUGAGAUGAUUUUGGAAGCUGAUCGUCGUGUGGAAUGCAAACAAGAGAAUUCUGCAGAUGUGGAGAGGUGGAAUAAGGCGAUCGCAUCUUUUGGUUGUGUGUCGCAGAACGCAAUGACCAACAUCUGCCAGGCUACGAACCGACAGUUGUUCCAGCUAGUGGACUGGGCUAAGAACAUCCCUCACUUUGCAUCUCUGCCCUUGGAGGAUCAGGUGCUACUGUUAAGGGCUGGCUGGAAUGAGUUGCUUAUAGCUGCUUUCUCUCAUCGCUCAAUUGAUGUGGAAGAUGGCAUUGUGCUUGCUAAUGGUCUCACAGUACACCGAAAUUCAGCUCACCAAGCUGGUGUGGGAAAUAUUUUUGACAGAGUUCUUACUGAACUUGUAAAUAAGAUGCGGGACAUGCGGAUGGACAAGUCUGAACUGGCCUGUCUGCGCACCAUUAUUCUUUUUAACCCAGAAGUGAAAGGGCUGAGGUCAAAGCAAGAAGUUGAUCUUCUCCGUGAAAAAGUCUACGCAACUCUGGAGGAAUACACCAGAGUCACCCAUCCAAAUGAUCCUGCCCGUUUCUCCAAAUUAUUGCUGCGCCUGCCUCCACUGCGGUCAAUUGGGUUGAAGUGUUUGGAGCAUUUGUUUUUCUUCCGGCUCAUUGGUGAUGUUCCCAUUGAUACGUUCCUCAUGGAAAUGUUAGAGUCUCCUGCUGAUCCAUAAUUUUUUUAAUAUACUUGUUUGAGAGGUGCGCACUCUUCUCUCAAGGUAGUCUGCAUUUAUUUCUAAUUUGUGUCACUAUGCCUUUUAGUUACGUUGUUAACAAUUAAACUGUCAGCCAAACUUGUUAAUGGUACUGCUCAUUUUAAUACAAAAGCACAUAUACUUCCAAGAAAAUCAUGUGCAGGGUCUUUCAGUAAUCUCUCAAUGUUUCAAGUUUGUUUAUUUUUGUUUGAUUCGAUGGUGAUAGAAAAAUUAAUUGAGAACUUAUUGUAACAGAAUGUCGAUUGUAGCUAAUGGAGUGUGUCUUAGAUGAUCUGUCUAACUUCCUGAACUUAGCAAUACCAAUUGUAGGCUGAAACAUAGUGUUUUAAUUUGCCUUCAUUGCACCAUUAAUGAGUUUCUGAUACUUUUUUUAUACUUAUUACUAUUGAUUUUGUGGAAAUUUUAAUUCUCUUCUUUGUAAAGAUCAAAAGUUAACUAUUUAUUUUCAUACAGAUUGGAGUAAUCUUAUUUUUUAGCCCUUAUUGUUUCUGUCUGUUGCCUAAGUGAAAGUUUAACACUUUGUGUAGUGUUAGUCAUUUGUUUUCACUUAAACCUACCUCUUACUUAAGUAAUAAAUCAUGUGAGUAAUUAGUGAAUGGUUUGAUCAGUGUCACUUCAAUUUUGUAAUAUACAGAUAUGUGAUGUUCGCAGUAAGCUUUACUUAGUACAGUAGUUGAGUGUUAUUCUGAACAGUAUUGUGAAAUUCUCAUUUUGAUUUGAGGUCUUAAGCCUUGGAGACACAAUUUGUUUUUUGGUGCUUGAUGUUGUCGUUUUAAUCCACUAUCUUUAAUAGUGGUGGUUAUUGGCUUAACUUUCUCUUUUGGGGUAUGUGAAAAUUCUCAUUACAGUCAGUAUACUUAAAAACCAUGAUGGUUGCUUUUAUCCUCUAUUUUGCAUUUGAUUGCAAGCUGAUUUUGCAUGGUUCCACAUCAGUCAUUUGUUCCCAUUGUUCUGAUUUAAUUCAUCCACCUUGUUCUAUGAACUGAUAUGUAGUUGGCAUGUAACUCAUCAUUAUUCCAUGUUUGCAGGGUGCAGCAUUGUCUCUUCUAGACCUACAUGUAUUUUCGAUAUCUUUUUUUUUUUUUUUUUAAAGGGAUAAGUGAUGUUAUCAGAUAUCCAAUGGGCAUAACGUAAAGGUGCUAUUACUGAUUUGUUUUUUGUUGUAUUUUUUUUUCUCUUUAAGUGAACAGAAUGUUAGACUCUUGACAGCUCUUGUACCAACUUUAUAAUUUAUGAUUUUAUGAAAUCACUGUGAAGGAUUUCUGCCAGUUCAUAGUUUACUGUAAGGCGUUUUGUUUUUUUCCUGUUUGGAAAGGUGAAUGAUCUUCGAAUUUGCUUUUUUUUAUUUAUCUUGAAAGCUAGUGAUAUAACUUUACUCAAUUAUCUGUAGGGUCUAUGUUAUUUGGGCUUUUACUGUGUACUUUGAUUAUUUAUUAUGAAAAUUUUCAAAAUUUAAUGUUGUAUUUCAUGUCUAGUUUAUGUAGAAGUUUUGUUAUUUUGUUUUGACUAGGAAGAGUGAUUAUGUCAUUUGCAUUUUCCAGAACUUUUGAAGGGACAAUCCAUGAGAUCAAUAUCAUAUGGGCCUCUUACACGAUGGUAAAUGAAUGGUACAUUAAGUACUUCUUGAGGCAUAUUUCAUUGUUUUAUUGGUUGUGACAGUUUAUUAGCAAAAGUUCGUUGUAAUUGUGGACUCAUUUGUAAAAACCGUUUAGGUGCAUUUCAUUAUGUAGUGAAAAUCAUGGUGCAAUGCUCGAACCCAUCUUGUAUUAACAUCUUAAGUGAUGUUUUUCUUCUUCUAAGUUCUUGUCCCCAUAUAGUAGUUGAUUUGUAAUGUUUAUGAUGAAAACUAAGUACAAAUUAUUAUUACUAUUUGUAGAUUAUCCUGAUUUAAUAUUUAAUGUUGAGUAAUUAAAAAUUAGAGUGUGAUGUUUCCUUAUUUUCUCUUUCAAAUUGUUAACAUUCAUUUCUUUUAAAAUUUCCAUUUUGUAAUUUUUCAUUGCUUACUCUUACCAUACAGAAACCAAGUGGGGGAAAACUUUGGCCUUCGUUCUAAUGUUAUGCCAAGAGAAACUUUUUAAAAUCUUUUAUGAAAUAGAAGAGAAAAUUAUCUUUCUAAAUAUUUGUGCUUAAUUUGACUGCCAUGAGCUUACUGAAGGUUCUGACACGUGAAAUCCUUGGGGUGCUGCAUUUCUGGAAAUAGGUUUCGUUUCUCAUGUUUUGAAGAGGUUCACUGGUUGAUUUCAAGUGCCUUAGCUUUCACAAAUGGCUUUGUCUUGAAAAGGCAUCUGGUACCUGUUGGCUGUUAUUAAGUAGUAAAUAAUGUUCCACAUUCCAAGCCCAAAGCUUCAAACUCAUUUGCUUUUUGUCAUUGUCCGGCCCACCUCAUAUCCUGUAGAGUUAAACACCUUUCAAAGUAACUCUCUAAUGAGUCUUUGGUGGCUUCCUCCCAACUAAGGUCUUGAUUUUAAAUUGGGCACGAAGAUUAAGCUUCCUUUUUAAUAACAAAAGAUUCUUCAAGCAAUACUGAUUUGCGUUGAAAAGACCAUUAAGAUUAGUGCCAGGCAUCUAGUCAGUAAAUUUGUAAGGUGGCAGAUGCUGUUGCAGAUUGUUUUGAUUCCUUCACAGGAGACAAGUAAAUGCUCUAAAAUUAAAAAUUUUUAUGCGGUUUAAGCUGCUUACAGCACCUCCUUGAAUAUCAUAUGGCAAUGAAAUUGUUUGUUAAAAGUUCUAAAGUAUAUGAUUGAAGGAAAUUUGUAGGUUUUAGAUGUUGUUUUAUAUGUUUUAUAUGAGUUUUUCUUUCUUGUUUUCAUGAUGAAAACAUGACUAUUUUUCAAAAGAUAAAAAUCAAGUUGAGUGAAUGUUAAGUUUCUUAUAGAGUUUUAUGAGACUUUCGUCAGAGUUGCACUUAGGUUGUGAACUUCUGCCUCUUAAAGGAGUGUAAGAAAUGGAAUUAUGUGCCUUGUGAUUAUACCUUUGUCACUGAUCAGAAAGUCGAAAGUUGGCAUGUCCUUUUAAAUAAAUAUUAUUUUUUUGUGAAUUUUCCGAACAAAGCAAGUCAGUUAAAUCAACUUUUAUACCUUAAGAUCAUGAAUAACAAGCACAGGAAUCCAUAUCUGCUCUUAUGAAUGCAUGAUAUACACGGGUCAAUAUGACCUUUAUCGAAUGGCUAGUGUUUGUAUUGUACAGAAGAUAUGUGAUACAAUUAUGUUUUUCAUCGUUGCCAGUUUGUAAAUCCUCAUUUUCAUUUUAAUAUGCUUCCUGUUGUGACCUUGAGCUUCUGUAUGAUUGCAGUCAAGGCUUCUGUGAAUUGGCUUAUAUUAUAAUUAUUGUAACAAUUUCAUGGUGUAUUUUUUUCCCUUUCUUUUUAUGAGAAGUAGGGUCUAUGUAGGUUUUGCUCCCAGCAAUGUGUCUGGUACUAUGCACAAUUGUCUUGAUUCUUUAGUACAGGUUCAUUUAUGAUCUACAUGUGUGAUGAUAUUAGUGCCCUGGUAUCUUCUUGAUGUCAUGUUCUUGUUUAAAGCAGUUCUUGUUAGAAUUAAUAAAGCACCUGUUCAAAAGUGUA